AUACAUCACAUGUCAACAUUGAAAUCAACACAAACUACAAUAGUAAACAAUCAAAACCUCCAUAGAUCGAUCUAGCAAGGAUUGAGAGAUCCAAGAGUGAAGAAACUAGUGCCCAAAAUGGGAAGAAGACCUUGUUGUGCUAAGGAGGGCUUGAACAGAGGUGCUUGGACUGCCCAAGAAGACAACACUCUCAGAGAAUACAUCAGAAUCCAUGGUGAAGGUAAAUGGAGAAACCUUCCCAAAAAAGCAGGUCUGAAGAGAUGUGGGAAGAGCUGCAGGCUUCGGUGGUUGAAUUACCUGAGACCAGACAUUAAGAGAGGGAACAUAUCACAGGAUGAAGAAGAACUCAUCAUUAGGCUUCACAAGCUUUUAGGGAACAGAUGGUCUCUGAUAGCCGGGAGGCUUCCAGGGCGAACAGACAAUGAAAUAAAGAACUAUUGGAACACAAAUCUAGGGAAGAAACAUCAAACCCAACAAGCCAGAACUGUUCCAGAUAGUAAUCUUUGUUCAAAGCCAGUACCCAACAACAUCAAGGUUUCCUCCAACACAGGAGCCUGCUCAUCUCCAUCGCCAUUGAAGAUCAUGAACUCUCAUCAUGAUCAUGUGAUCCGGACCAAGGCGUUUAGGUGCUCUAAAGUCCCUCUCACCCCAGUAGUACCGCAGGCACAGCCAAACACGCACCAACACUUGGACAAAAUUAAUAUUAUGGGUCAGUACCAAUAUUCCCUAAAUAAUAAGCCAGCCGAAACCGGUGCGUUGGACGAGUUUUUUCCAUCUUCAUAUCGAGAAGAAGAUCAAGAUCACAAUCAGUCGUCGGAUUUCCCGAUGAAUUUCAAGAUGGGGGACAUUGGCUUGUCGGAUCUUCUCAACUCGGACUUCUCAGAUGUCUGUGACUUCAUUUUCAGUGACGACAACAGUAAUGAUUUGUCUCCAGCUUCUUCAGACCAACCUCUCUGGGUUUCAGAGGAAAUGCUGCAAGAUUGGACAGUUAACAAUGGUGUUCAAACCAAUAUCGUGGCUCCCAAUAUCCAGUGCUUCUCUCCACUUCUUAAUUCAGGAGGGGAAUUGCUUUAAGAAUAAUACAUGGUUCAGUCAAAGCUGGGUCAAAAUAUGUUGAUACUAAUAAGUAGUACUGGCGUAGACCUUUUCGAAUUUCAGUACUGCACAUAAUUCCAGUUCUAUAAGAUGUUAUUUAUGGCUUUUGUUUUUGGUGAUCAGGAUCUGUGUUAAGCUUGCUAAUUAAUUAAAUAAAUAAAGCCGAAUUAAUUAUUGUC